AUGCACCACAGUGCCCUUGUCGGCCUUUUGGCCCUUGCCAGUGCUGCCUCAGCUAUCCCUGCCAAUCCUCAGCAGGCUCAUUCUACCUCCUCCAUCAAGAACUUGAGGUCCAAAAUUAAGAAUGUCGUCGUCUUGUGUAUGGAAAACCGGUCUGUUGACAACCUGCUCGGGGGCCAGACCAUCAAAGGCCUGGAAAACCCUAUCAAAAAUGGACCUUACUGCAACCCAUACAAUGUGACCGAUCCUUCGCAGGGAUCCCAUUGCACCGCUCUUAGGGACUACAACUCUGUCACUAGUGACCCCAGCCAUGCUGUCACCGGCAACACUAUGGAAUUCUACAGCGAAUGGACACCUGAUAACACACUAAUUGCGGAGGGCAAGCUGGUCCCGAAUAAUAAUGGUUUUAUCCACGAGCAAAUUCACAAUUACGGAUCCUCUGUCAAUAAGUCUGUGCUAGCCACCGAAGUCAUGAACUACUACACCGAAGACCAGGUCCCUGUUCUGACAUCUCUGGUCAACAACUUCUUGACCUUCAACCACUGGCACUCUGAUGUUGCUGGGCCCACAGAUCCUAAUCGUGCCGCUCUGGUAUCCGGCACCACCGCCGGCCACGGAUCCAACGAUGAUUCCUUCGGUACCUACUCCUUCUCCCAGCGAUCCAUCUUCCAACAAUUAGGCGAAACAAACCACACAUGGCUCAAUUACUGGGAUACCGCCGGCGGCACCGGUCCCGAGGCCCACUGGUUCGAGUGGACCAAAUCCUCCGACAAUACUGAAAAAGUCGUCCCAAUGACUAACUUCUACACCGAUGCCGCGAAGGGAGCUCUUCCCGAAUUCUCCUACCUCAACCCCUCGUGCUGUGGCGUUGGCACGACUUCCAUGCACGAUAGUGGUUUGAUCUCCGACGGCGAGGCCUUCAUCAAGAAGGUGUACGAGGCUCUCCGCGCCAGCCCUCAGUGGGAGGAAUCUCUCUUCAUUCUCACCUUCGAUGAGACUGGCGGUUUUCACGACCACGUCCCGCCCCCUCUGGCAACUCGUCCGGAUAACUUGACAUACACGGAGAAGGCCGCCAAUGGAGAAGAGUAUACCUAUGAAUUCAACCGUCUCGGUGGCCGUAUUCCCACUCUUCUAAUCUCGCCCUGGGUUAGCAAGGGAUUCGUCGAGCAGAAGGGGACUGAUGCCGAGGGCCAGACUGUCUCUUAUUCGGCUUCUUCUAUUCUCCGUACCCUGGGCUAUCUAUGGGAUUUCGAGCCGUUCAACCCUCGCGUUGAGGAUUCUGCGUCCUUUGAACAUCUGAUCCGGUCCGAAUCUCGCAAGAAUACUCCGUCCACCCUGCCGGGCCCUGCUUCGUUCACCCUGUGA